AUGAGAAUGCUGAGCCACGUCGCAUCAGCAGACUGCGGUACAUCGGAAGCCACCCUUGGAAGGAUUCUUCAUGGCAAGAAGGGUGACAAGGCUCAAAUUCCUUGGAUUGUGCAACUCGAAAUUAUAUACAGGUGGAACGAGACGGCCCUUUUGAGCAUUUUAUGCGGAGGCAGCAUCCUAUCACCGAGCUACAUUCUGACAGCAGCGCACUGCGUCCAUUACUUGAACACUCUGCCGUUUCUCGGGCGGGUUUUCUACAACACGACAGAAGUCAAUAAGGGACCGAGUGUGUGGAUUGAAGAUAUGAUCCAUCACCCGGAGUUUCAGUGGACGACGAUAUUAAAUGACAUCGCCUUGGUCAAAGUUGAAAGACCACUAGACUUUGACGAUCAUGUUCGACCGAUAUGCCUGCCACCUAAGAUGCUACACCUUGAUGGACAACUAGCGAUGGUUGCCGGUUGGGGCCUUACGGAAGAAAGCAAGGUGACUCAGGAGGACCGGUUACCGCAUGGCAACAAGUCAACAAAGCCACCAGAUUCGUCCUAG